AGUGUGACGUAGGCACCCUGUAAAGUCAAAACGACGGGCUCGGACGGUCCUGUUAUUGUUCGGGUUUGAAGAGUUGGAGGGGGUCGCUGCUUUGUUUUUAUUUGAGGGGGUGGAAGAUACCAAAACAGACAUUUCCACUCGGACACAAACCCGCAUACGGCCGGGCCGGCACCAGUUUAUGAAGGUAGUGGAAAGCUAGCUAACAAGUUAGGUCCUUGAAGUAACGUUAGCUGAUGGAUGAGCGGGUAUCGGACUUAUUCGGCUCAGGAAAUGGACACGGUUCCGGGUCUCAAGCGUCGAACUUUAAACAGGGAAAUGGCUACUCGGUACCCUCCAGAAAAGCCGGAGUUAAGAACAACAAGAAGUCCAAGGCUCGGUUCUCUCGUAACUUCAAACCCAGCAAUAACACCCCGUAUCUACCUCCAGAGGUAAGGCUGAAAUUAGCGCCUUUAAUUUAGCGCCUUUAAACCGAAAUCAUUCACGAACUUCAGUAUGCUAAUAACAAUAUAAGCUUGGAUUAAUGUUUAUGUGCAUUUAUUAGUGUUUUAGACUUAUAAGUUUACUUUUUUUGUCCUGCCCUGUCUUGUUUCUAAACCCACAGCCAGUGACACGUAGCUAUCCUUUCUCUUCCUCACCGGUAGUCAGGACCUUAAAGCAAAAUGAAUGAGAUUGUUAUACUUAGUAUUUCUUGAUAUUAUGUCAUAAAAUGUCAAUCGUGUUACCUUCACAACAUAGUAGUAAGCAAACUGCGUUUUAACCCUGCCUACUAAAGAUAGCUAGUGUUGUGUUGUGCUUGCAGGCAGAGGGACAGCUGUGUUUGUAAAUAUCGAGCAGGGGGCGGGUUAGUACGUGGUGGUGGUGGUGGUGGUGGUCUAACUAUAUCCAGCUUAUGAGACGAUUACAGUCCCUGGCAUUAUCUCAAAGAAUGUAUUACAACACAGCAACUAAAUUUUACCAUAGCCACUGGUUAGUACAGUUUAUUAUAUAAUCUUAAACACCCACAGUAAUGGAGCUGAUCUCUAUUCCAGUGUAGAAACUUCAAAUAGGAACUUUAUUUACAUUUGUUAUCUUUAAGUUUACUUUGAGCCACUUAAUCGCGCUUUUAGGUGAUUGUGUUUUCAAAAGUAACUUAACUUAUAACUAUAUUACCAACACCCCUUACCACCAUGGUUAAAACCCCUCUUACUGGGGCAAGUCUCGACAUAUUCCCUGUCUUCACUUGUCAGUCUUGUUUCAGCUGAUCCCCUCUUUACCUCCAACUGCACUGGUAUACAGUGGCCAUUAGUAUUUGUACAAUAUCGACAUAUAUUGGACUAGUCAGUAAUUUAAGUUUACACAUCAUUUAUGCAAUUAUUAGAUUAGAUUCAACUUUAUUGUCAUGACACUUGUUCAAAACAAUGCAACAAAAUGCUGUUUAGCAUCUAACCAGGAAUGCAAUCGUGCAAGUAUCCAAAAAUAUAUAUUUUUUACUACUUUUAAUCAGCACACUAUAAGUCGACAACAACUUCUACACGCAGAGACAGAGGUGUCCAGCAGAAAGGGAUCAGCUAUUAAAAUUAUCUUAAUACAAUCAGAAAUUCUUCAUAUAGCACCAGUUUACUGCAAAUGUAACAACAGAAACCUCAGCAUGCAAUAAGUAAUAUUAUUAUUUAUUAUUAUUAUACUUGAAACCUGAGCUGCUCAAACUGGUGGAACAGGCUUUGGAGUGCUGUGGUUCGUUUUCCUUAUGGAUAAAUGGUGUUUAUUUGCUUUUUCUUCACGUAUGUUCUCACUGUAACCGUACAAAAGCAUUUCAGUGGUUGUAGCUGGUGAAAACAAAUAUUAUAUGUCAGAAGUGGGAUUCGAACCCACGCCUCCAGGGGAGACCACGACCUGAACGUGGCGCCUUAGACCGCUCGGCCAUCCUGACAGACGCCGGUUUCCGUAAUAAAAAAAAUAGAAAGGGGGAGGGGCUGCGACAGGCGUGGCAUGUGGGUCCUGAUAAGGGCACACUGUGACCUUCUGUACGGAGCCGCUCUGUGCUCUUAAAGCAAAAGCUGUAUAAAAACGUGCUUUUGAAGCAACCACAAGUCAUAUUUUAUUCAAGCAAAUAGCUGGGGGACGUGAGGACGUAAAAUCAGAGACUGGGACGUGGUACUGAGCACUCUAACCAACAGGCUGCUGAUGUCAAUGAAAAUGAAAUUAAACCCCCUUUUCCCCCCAAAAUUCUUGACUAUUUAUGAAAUCUUCCUUACUCUUUAAUUUCCCAGAUUUUCGUGGCUAAGGACAUUUUAAAUAAUAGUGCUCAAGUUUACAUUAUUAUACUGGAGGAAAUUUACAGACCUCAUACUGGUGGGCCAAUAAUAAUACAACUACGAUAUGAUCUUGUAGGCCAGAUAUAAUUGUUCCACGUGCCAGAUUUGGCCCCCGGGCCUUGAGUUUGACACCGGUUGUCUAGACCAUAAUCUGGGUUAUUGAUAAUUAAUAAUGACUUAACAUCAAGACCAAUUAGAUAAUCAUGGACUUGUUCCCAGUGUGUCAGAUUGUACAUUUACUUUAAAUGCACAUCCAUUGUACAGACUGAAAUAUGUAUAUUUGACUUUUACAAAUAGGCUGCACUAAGUAGUAGCAUAUUAAGGCCAGCCAAGCAGUGAGUCCAUUUGUGCUGCUUUCAGCAACAACCUUUUCACAGCACUACUCUGUUCAUUCAGUUGGAUUUUUUUCCUCCCUGUCUUUUAAAAAAUCAAUAGCCUGUUGUCUCACUUCUCUUCAGUCUAACAGCUGUUGUUCCUGUUGUGUCUCUGUCUGUCCCUUUUUUGUUUCUCUCCCCCCGUCUCUCAGGCUGAAGAGGGAAAUAUAGAGUACAAGGUAAGCAAAUCAGUUGUCAUGCAAAUACAGCACUGUGUGCAAAUGAUAGUCUGGUGUCUCUCAAAACAGGAUCUUUAUAGAACCAUUUAUUAUAGAAGAGCUCAUAAUAGGUGUUUGUACAAGUGUGCAAAUCAUGUUCAACUGACUUUUAAAAGAAUGUAGGUCCUCUUUUAAAAAGAGAAAAGGGCAGUCUCACAGGGUCUGCAGUGGAAAACCAAUACCACAAGAGAUUAACAAGAUCACUUUUAGUACCCAGACAGCUGCUGCCACAUCAUCAUAAACAAGGGCUGGAGUUUAAUUGAAUAAGGCCUAAAGUAAUUUCAUGUUGCAUUGUUUUUUUUGUGUGUGGGGCUGGUCCAGUGUCAGAUUUGCUACUAAAGGGCUGAUCCAUGUGUGUGUUUAAAAUAAGAGAUAACGUUUUUGCAAGAGGAAGAUAGCUAAAAUAGAUCAUUUUGGAUCAUAUGUAUGUAUUUUAAACACACCAUAUUAUUUCGUGUUUUGAUUUCCCAUACUCUUACAUAGUAACAUUAAUAAUCCCAUAAAGAAAAGGGAAUUCAAAGUCUGUUUAUCUAGAUUUAUCCGUGGACUUCUAGGUUCAAAUUUAGUGCUGACUACUGAUGUCUUCUUGAUUUAGCUUAAGCUGGUGAAUCCCACACAAUAUCGCUUUGAGCACCUGGCAACGCAAAUGAAAUGGCGACUCCAGGAGGGCCGAGGGGAGGCCGUCUACCAAAUAGGUGUGGAGGACAAUGGCAUGCUUGUGGGACUAUCAGAGAAAGACAUGAGGGCGUCUCUGAAGACGCUUCAUAAGCUAGCAGAAAAGUAAGUGAGGGUUGUACCAAACAUUUUCUAAAUUUCAGUUUUUUAUGUUUUGUCUGAACUUUGAUUAAACAAAUUACAUAAAAACAAAGUUUACUCUUACAUGAUAUUAAAAACAGGUGGUUAUUUGAUAUUAUAAAGAAACAUAUAAACAGAUUGGGUUAUACAUUUGAUGAUCUUUUUUUCUGACAGAGUUGGGGCUGAUAUCACUGUUCUGAGACAGCGAGAGGUGGACUAUGACUCUGACGCUGAUGUGCCUCGUAAGAUUGCAGAGGUUCUCAUACGCAAGGUGCCUGAUGACCAGCAGGUCAGUAGAGCGAUAGCAUGUUGUUCUUAAGCUUUUAACGUGUCCUUUUCUAUAUUUCAUCUCAUUCUUUUCUCUCGUUUUAAAUAUUUUAGUUCUUAGACCUAAGAGUAGCUGUGCUGGGAAAUGUGGACUCAGGCAAGUCCACUCUGUUAGGAGUGUUGACGCAAGGAGAGCUCGACAAUGGCCGGGGAAGAGCGAGGCUCAACCUCUUUAGACAUCUUCACGAGAUCCAGACUGGUCGCACUUCAAGCAUAAGCUUUGAAAUCCUCGGCUUCAACAGUAAAGGAGAGGUAAGAGACAAUCAUACACCAGGGUAGAAAUAAAGGACAUUCAACUAAUUUCCAGGCAUUAUAAUGGGAAUUUUUAUUUCAACAAGCAGACGAUACUAACCUUAAAGAAUAAACCACCAGAUACUAUUGACCAUCCGUGCUUGUUUGCAUCCCAGUAGGGAUGACACCCUCAGCAGGUGGCAGUGUUUAUAUUCUUGUCAACUAAACACGGACAUCUCAAAUAUAAAGGAUUUGUAUCUACUCCUGCUUUAUAAGUGUCAUGAUCCUAUUAAAAUAAUUAAUUACUAAGGAAUACACAUGUCCCCUUCUGUCUCCUACAGGUUGUAAAUUACAGCGAGUCUCGAACAGCAGAGGAGAUUUGCGAGAGUGCCUCUAAAAUGAUCACAUUCAUCGAUCUGGCGGGCCAUCAUAAGUACCUGAAGACCACCAUCUUUGGCCUCACCAGCUACUGUCCGGAUUUCGCGAUGCUGGUUGUCAGCGCAAAUACGGGGAUUGGUAAGUGUUGAGUAGAUAAUGUAGGGUUAGAGUUGGUUAUUCAUUUUCAAACAAACACGUAUCAAUGCAUGUUUGUUCAGUCCAUUUGGGUGCAGUUUUUUAACUAAUCUGUCAUCUGUCAUAGUGACACUGAGAGGUAAUAGAAACUUGCAGGGCCAGUCUGACAGACAGCCCGUGUUUGUGUUCGCCCCACCUCCACGCUGUAGUGGGCAGCUGUGGCCGAGCACUUGGCAAACAUGUGAUAUCUGACCUUAUGUAACAGACCACCAUUCCUGUCACCUUCCCUACCACCUUCUCCUCGUCCUUGCCUACCACCACUAGUCCUAAAAUAUCUCAAAUACCAUCCAUUCAUGUCAAAGUCCGUUGACCUGCUGGAGUUAGCCUGCUGCUCUUGAUCCUGUGCAGACUUGAAAAACCUGAGACCUAGAAAUGACUCAGUAAGACACUGGGUAUGUCAACAUUGCUGACCUUGCAGAAGAAACAUUCUACUUAAAGAAAGUUAUGCCCCCAAUUGUUAAAGCUCUGAGCUUUAAACACAUUAGUAUUUCACAGACAGGCAAGUCUGAAAGAGAGUUGCAGGAAAAUAGAAGCUUCACAAAUAUACAAAAAAGUGUUUUGUUACCCGACACCAUAAACUAUUUACAAACUAAACAAGUUUUGCUUGUGACAACAGUUCAAGUAUUUUUCUGUGCUACAAGAUGCAUGUCAAAAGGUCACAAAAAAGGCACUAAAAAUAGUAAAUGAACUAUGUUUUGACUUUAAACUAAUACGUCAUUGCCUUUACUGAUGUUUUGCUUCUAAAAAGAGAACAAUGAACCCUCAUGGGAACAACAGCCCUCCCUUGUUAGAGAGUCAGUGGCUUAUGAUCAAAUUUGGUGUUUUAAGAGCGCUCUGAAUUUGUGAUUUAUCUCUGGAGACCAAAGGACAAGAAGAGAGAAAGAUCCCAGAAAGUCCAACUAUUUCUUCAUGUUCUCACAGCAGACAGACUUUUAACUCUCACCAUGCCUGCUUUCACGUCUCCUUGUUUGUUUUUUCAGCCCUUUACAUGAUCUGCAUGUGUCUCACAGAAAAAAGGAUAAAUCCCUUCUCUUUCUUCUCCUCAGUGCUUUCUUGUUGUGAGUCAUUAUACUGCACAUGUUUUAUGAAGAGGUUCUGUAGAGCAUAAAUGCUUUUAGUCAAAUCUUUUAUGAGUGUAGGACGUCAGAUACUCAGGUCCAGUCAGGACAUACUUGAAACCUGAGCUGCUCAAAGUGGUGGAACAGGCUUUGCAGUGUUGUGGUUGGUUUUCCUUAUGGAUAAAUGGUGUUUAUUUGCUCUUAUCUUCACAUAUGUUCUCACUGUAACUUUACAAAAGGAUUUCAGUGGUUGUAGCUGGUGAAAAUAAAAGUUAUUUGUCAGAAGUGGGAUUCGAACCCACGCCUCCAGGGGAGACCACGACCUGAACGUGGCGCCUUAGACCGCUCGGCCAUCCUGACAGUUGGCAGAACCUCAUGAAGCGAUUCGAUCUGCUAGAAAACAGGAAGGGGGAGGGGUUGUGACAGGCGCAGCGUGUGGGCCCUGAUAAGGGCACACUGUGACCUUCUGUACAGAGCCUCUGUGCUCUUGAAAUCAAAAGCCUAAUAAAAACGUGCUUUUGAAGGAACCAGAAGUCAUAUUUUAUUCAAGCAAAUAGCUGGGGGACGUGAAAUCAGAGACUGGGACGUGGUACUGAGCACUCUAACCCACAGGCUGCUGAUGUCAGUAAAUUAACUAUAUUAAGCUGAUCAAGAUGUAUGGCUGCUGGUUGUUGGUUUGUUUUUGUCAUUAAGAAUGUAAAAAUGUACUGAAUUGGAGCAACGUCUAAAUCAAAGCUUUGACUCAGACAGAAAUCCUUGUUUGUUUUGGCUUCCUUUGUUUCAUUAUGAAAAAGUUCCUUUUUUCACCGUAGCAAACAAGACAGCCGAGGAACCUUUACCACGAGUUAAAAGCACAGAACUGAACAAACUGUCAGCAGUGUGUUUUUAUUGCAUUCAGCAAUGAGGUGGUGCACUGGGUGGUGACUGUACAAACUCCACUGUCAGAUCAGUGACUUGUCAGAAUAGCCAGUGCAUUGUACGAGUCACUGAAGCCGACAAAACCACAAGGAGGAUUUCCCUUCCUAACAUAGACAGUCUUUGCCUUAUGAUAUUUGGUGGUAGACGGCACUGUCAGAAGUGGGAUUCGAACAUGCGCCCCAGAGGAGAUCACGCCCUGAAAGCAGCACCGUACACUGCUCAGCCAUCCUAUCUUAUAAAGCUGUUCUUAUACGUCUCUAAUCGAUUUUUACUCGUUGAUUUACAUGCGAAAAGACCUCAGAAUCUACACUGUGCCAGUAUCACUGCAGUGUUUUUACAGGUAUCUGUUGUAAGACUUGACUAGCUGUGAGAAAUAGGGUCAAGAAAGAGUAUCAUCUCCCGCCAUGCAGCAGACAGGAAAAGGACACACUGUCUGCAACCCAAGAGCAACACUUUAAAUUAUGAAACACAGAGUAAUUGAUCUGUGUAAGGCAUAGGACUCAUCUCAAGUCGUAUCUGUUACCAGCUAAAAAGCCAAAGGGCAGUUUGUUUUCUGGGAUAUUCUUAUCAUUCUUUUUAUAGAUGUUUUGGAAACCUCACUUCAACUAUCACCUUAAACAGGAUGAUGAACGAUCAUCACGCUCACCUUUACCGUGGGUGCACUAUAUAUAACUCAAAAAGCAAAACAAACCGAAGCUCAGCUGAUGAGAGGUCGUGCUAUUCUGAGGGGAUGUAUGUCUCGGUGUCUGCAAAUGUGUUAUGGGUCAGCACCCCUUGAAUUCCCAAGUACUGUAGGUUAAGACAUGACCCACAUUUGAGACAAGACAGUAAACUUUGCAUAUUGGCUCCUGUUGCGCACGCCAGCUUUAAAUACAAACAACCAUGACCUACCAGCCGUUUUUAGUACAUGACACUGCUGCGUCUGCAAGAAUUUUAUGUGUUUUAAAAGCUUUUCUGGACCGGCAAGUCGUUUAAUGACAUAAAAGUCGUAUAUGGUUGAGCAUUCCUUGCACUCUUGCCCCGUCUUCCUCCUUCGAUCACCUCAUACGUCACGGCAAAAUCUACCUUGACUUAUCAGUACGCUUACAUGAUCUACUGACCCUUAAACUCUGCGUGUCUGUCAGCAGAUAAGUGGUGGUAUCUCCCGUCACAACAGACACUCAGCAGUGGAAUUUCUUAUGUAUCCAGGGAAGGCACAGGUUCAUAGUGCGACUAGAUCUGUAUGCAAACAUGUGAAACAUACUAACUCUCCAUUUGAUGCUAUAAAUCGGUGCAGCAAAGUAAAGAUACCCAAAGAGCAGAUCAAUCUAACUUCAGUUUUACUUCUUUUCACUUCUCUUUGCCAGCUGGUACGACACGAGAGCAUCUUGGACUCGCCAUGGCCCUCAAAGUACCCAUCUUCAUCGUCAUCAGUAAGGUGGACCUCUGCACACGAGCCACAGUGGAGCGCACGGUGCGGCAGCUGGAACGCGUCCUGAAGCAGCCGGGCUGCAACAAGGUGCCCAUGGUCAUACACAGCACAGAUGAUGCCGUCACAGCAGCACAGCAGUUUGCCCAGUCGCCAAAGUAAGAAAUAACCAAAGAAGUAUCAAGAGUUAGGUAUCUGAAGACUGCUGACCCACAAUAUUAAACACGCCUCUGCUUCCUUUGGUAGCAUCACACCCAUCUUCACCUUGUCCAGCGUAUCCGGAGAGAGUCUCGACCUGCUGAAAGUCUUCUUUAACAUCAUCCCUCCUCUCAGCAACAGCAAAGAGCAGGAGGAGCUCAUGCAGCAGCUAACUGAGUUUCAGGUAGGCGAUGAGAGGGCAGAUUCUCUCUACUUUAACACAAGUUGAUUUUAGUGGAAUUAACUGCAGUGUGCGUCAUUACAGGUGGAUGAGAUCUACACGGUGCCAGAAGUGGGGACAGUAGUAGGGGGAACUCUGUACAGGUCAGUGUCAUGACAUUCCUUCUUCAUGCUCUUGUAUUCACCUGACUUUGAGGUAUUUAUCUGGCGUAGACUCUGAUCUUCUGCUCUGUUAUGAUUGUUAGUGGUAUUUGCCGUGAAGGGGAUCAGCUCGUGGUCGGGCCCACAGACUUGGGACAGUUCCACAAGCUGACUGUUGGAAGCAUUCAGAGAAACCGCUCGGGAUGCAGGGUACUCAGGGCCGGCCAGGCUGCCACACUCGCCCUGGGCAACUUCGACCGGUCGCUGCUGCGCAAGGUCAGACGCCUGAUGAUGCCAAAUCUGUGGAACCUCCAGUUUACCUUUUCAUUGUCAGCCUGAGUAUGAAGAUAGACUGAGGGAUGAUCCUGAUUCUCUGAAAAUAAGUGUUUUAUUUUGUACUUGAUUAAGAAUUUAUCAGGGGGGAAAUUUAUGUGAGCAGAAGUAGAAAUAAAAUCCAAGUUAACUGAAGGUCAGUGUUUCCUCAUGGGCCACAAAAUACCUCAGACAGCAACUGCAAAUGUUGGAAAUCAAGAAAAAAACACUACUUAGUUUUUGUUUAUUUGUAUAAUUUGGUGUGAAUUACUAAAAGGAAUAAAAAAAAAACACCAAUACUGAUGAAAAGUUAAAAACUCAUCCGUUCUCAUUCGUUGAUACGAUUUCUACAAAUGCUCCUCUCACAGGGCAUGGUGAUGGUGAGUCCGGAGAUGGAUCCGACUAUCUGCUGGAUGUUUGAAGCUGAGAUCGUUCUGCUUUUCCAUGCAAAGACCUUCCACAAGGGUUUCCAGGUAACUGUGCACAUAGGAAACGUGAGACAGACUGCCACUGUGGAAGCUGUGUAUGGCAAGGUAAGACCAUGAAAAACUUGGGUUUGUUGUAUUCCAGUGUGUGAUCUAACAAAAUGAAGGAGUAACUUAUUUUAUGUUGAUGUGAUUAUCCUACUUUACCACAGGAGGAGCUGAGAACGGGCGAGAAAGCAGUGGUUCUCUUCAAGUUCAUCAAACACCCAGAAUACCUGAAGGUAGGAGCUAAGGUGCUCUUCAGACAAGGUGUGACCAAAGGUAUCGGCCAUGUCACCAAGUUACAGCCCAUCACGCAGUACUUACCACCAGUACCAAGUGAGGAGGAGGAGGAGGAAGAAGAGGAAGCCUAAAUCUCCUCAAGAACCACAGCAGAAAACACCAAUAAACAAGGUGCAUUACAUAACAACCUCCUGCUUUCUCCAAAGAGCACCCUCUCCCCUACAUCGUCAAUCCCUUUAAGAGGAUUUCAUUGUUUUACCACCUUUUUCCAAACCUUUGUCACUAUCGUCCUCCUUUGUCUACUUCACCCUCUUCAAAAAAAACUGCUGUUACUUCAGUUUGUGUUCUGGCAUUGUGUUUUUUUUUAAGGCAUUGAUAAAAACAAACCAUUUAGUCACCAUCAAAUCAUCAUAUUCACCAGGCAACAUCCACCAAAGUGAUACAUAUACUAUAGAGGAUAUAUGGUUGCAAUGCACACGUGAGAAAUGGCAACUAAGAAAUUGCUGUCUCACACCCACGUUUAAGUGCUACUUACACGAGUUUACACCUAAAUGCACUCCGGACAUGCAUUGUUUAACAAUUUUCACAGACUUGCACUGAACUAUAAACGCUAACGUUGACAUACCUUUGGCAGGUAAUCGUUUACAGCCAUUACUAAUAAGAGAUACAGCUUGUUACCAACAUAGUGCCUGGUUGAGAAGAACAAGCCUUUGAGCUCAGUUCUCCCAAAACCAAAUAUUCUCGAUGACAGCCAAUGGUGUAAUAAGAUAAGGGCAACAGCAGUAAGAAACUAGCGUGGAUGUGUAUUAGCUAGACCAUCUUCAGGCUAUGAUAUCGUUGGCAAAGGCACUUUAUAAACAAAGGAGAGCUCUGCAAGGUAUGCCAAGCUAGACUGAGCCUGCCAAGAUAAUUGGCACUGGCAGUCACCUUUCAUCUUGUUUUAAUUCACUUCUGUCUGUGAGAAUGAUGUUGUUUUUGUCACAAAAGAUGCCUCACGAUAGCGCAGCCGAGUAGUAAUGAUCUUGCUGCCUAUUUUUCAAGUGCUUUAGUUUCUCAGGUCAGUGUAGAUAAUGGUGUUAGACAGCAUUCCACUCAAACAAGGACUCCUCCUAUGGAGGUUUCUGUUGCUGAAAAAGGAAAGGGGGCGUAGAGGAAAAAAUAACAAGGGUGUUUCUCCCAAAGAUACAUGUCGAAGUAUGGGUUAUAUUAUAUGUAAUGCUGCCUAUAGAUGGAGCUGUAUUUAAAAGCAAUUGUGUUGGAGGUACUUGAUGUCCUCACUGUUGUUACUGAUGUCACAAACUUAAGAGGGGUUUAACACAGUGCCUGGUGGAGCUACCAUUCAUGUAGCUCUCCACCACACCCCAGGGUUUCACAAGUGAAUUAAGUUGGUGCUACUCUUUUAACAGAUGUUGAUAUAAUAAGCUGAAUGUUUGAUGCAACUAUUUGUUCGAGGCUGCUGUUAGCCUCGUCAUCAGUCUUAUUAUCGCAUGUUUGUGUGAGAUAUACACAGAUCGAUGUUCCACUUCAGUCCAUGUUCAAGGAGACAGUUGUUUUGUUGAACCCAUGUUGUUGUUGUUGUUUUUGUUUUUAUGCACAGUUCGUGUGCACUGAAUCAAAGAAGAAAAAACUGAGACUGCAUUUCAACCAAAAAUGUUUUCUAGCCUUCACAGUUUUUAAUCGGGUGUUUGUUUUAAUACUUCUGAGAGGAUUUUAUAGAUUUCUACUAGUUCCAGGUUUUAUUACUCACUUUAACACAGGUUUCACUGUCACAGGCAGUUCUGGCACCAACCCUUCUUUACUAUCUUGAAAUCACCUUUUGGACCCAUUUUCUGUUUGAUUGAAAGUGUGAUAUUUUGAUUAUUUGGGUGAAAUGCAAUAUUUAUGUACAGAUCCAAUUUAUGUAUCUUAAUGUACAUGAAUAAAACUUUUUGUUUGUCAA